UCAAGAGACGCAGGAGCCGCUGCAGGUGCAAAGCUGGGCUCUGGGAGGCUAGCCACUGCAACGAAGCGGAGGAUAAAACACACGUUUCACGAUGGCGUCAGCAAAUGCCAACUAUGGACAGAAGGAGUCCUCGGACCAGAACUUUGACUACAUGUUCAAGAUUUUGAUCAUUGGCAACAGCAGCGUGGGAAAGACUUCAUUCCUUUUCCGCUAUGCCGACGACUCGUUCACGCCGGCCUUCGUCAGCACGGUGGGCAUCGACUUCAAGGUGAAGACUAUCUACAGGAACGACAAGCGGAUAAAGCUGCAGAUCUGGGACACUGCUGGUCAGGAGCGCUACAGGACGAUCACCACCGCCUACUACAGGGGAGCCAUGGGCUUCAUCCUCAUGUAUGACAUCACCAAUGAGGAGUCCUUCAAUGCUGUGCAAGACUGGUCGACCCAGAUCAAGACAUACUCGUGGGACAAUGCCCAGGUCCUCUUGGUGGGAAACAAGUGUGACAUGGAGGAUGAACGAGUGGUGGCCGCAGAAAGGGGCAGGCAACUGUCCGAGCAGCUGGGUUUCGAGUACUUUGAGGCGAGCGCCAAGGACAACAUUAACGUGAAGCAGACCUUCGAGCGGCUGGUGGACAUCAUCUGUGAGAGGAUGUCAGAGAGCCUGGAGAGCGCUGACCCUGCUGUCACCGGCGCUAAACAGGGGCCACAGCUAUCCGAACAGCCCCAGAGGUCCCACCAGGACUGUGCUUGCUAAAAACACAUUCACACAAACACACACACACACACACACAUACAGAGCGCAGACAGUGUUUCUCCACUUGGCCGAAAAUCCACUCUUUAUAUUGGUUUCCUCUUUUUUUCUUUUUCUUUCUCGAUCUUUCUCAUCUGCGCAUACACAACUUUCUCUCUGUUACACCCAGACACUGCCGUAUACACACACACACACACACACACACACACACACACACACACACACACAUUCAAAUGGGCUGCAUAUUUAUUCUCCACCCUCUUUCACUACACUAAGUGCACUAUCCAAGUCAGCGCAGUCCCCAAAGAUUCAGCUUUUUCACAUUUACAUCUGCGUGGAGCUUUGGUUUUCACCAAGUCAGGCCCUUUUUGGUAUCAGCGAUGCAAUAGAUACGUGUAAGUGUGAACUUAGUACAAGGGGUGAGUAACUGUAACAGAGAUACAGUGAUAAGCUCCCUUUCUCUCACACUAACACACACACACACACACACUGAUCUGCUUCACAUCACACUCUGCUUUCCAGACCAGAGGAAAAUAUUUUUGUCCACAUUCUGUCUUAGAUAAUUGUAAUGGCCCAGUCCAGGCUAAUACUCCGUCAUUCCUUAUUGACGUGUCUGUCACUGAUGUUUUAAUCUGAAAGGUUUUUAAAAAAGGCACGUUCCACUAACCUUGCCUCCUCCAGGCCCAGACCCCGCCCAGCACAAAGGCCUCCAACCUAAAGGGACACAAAUCAUUUGGAAUCAUUUUUGCUGUUUGUCCCAUUGAAAAUGUGUGUUAGUUUGUUUGUUUGUUGUGGAUAGAAUCGCUGUUUUUUUUUUUUUUUUUAACGUUCUUUGAGUUGGCUGGGUGUGGUUUUGAGCAUGUUUAAGUGAAACAAUCCGUCUCGGUGUAAACUGAGUUUCUAUAGAUAAUAUGGUCCACGUGUGAUGUUUAAACAGGGUCGUUUGAAAGUUUGUCUUUGUUUUACUUUUAAAUAUGAAUCCAAACAUAGGGAAGUGAUGCAUAUCAGUUAAUCUAUUAUAUAUGAAGUUAUAUCUUUAUUGGAUUUAUAGAGAAAUAUAAAUAGUUUGCUUACCUCCCAGGUUUUGUUUUCUUCUGACCAAAAUGGGUAAGUGUAGAAGGGAUGUCUUUGACCACAAAGAGAGGAGUAUGUAGAAACAUUUAAAAAACACAAUAGAUAUGCAUUUUAACAUGCAUAUGUACAUAUUAUAAACAGAUAUUAUAUGAUAACAAGGAUUUACGGUAUUGUAUUCCUACUUGUGCUUUGUGAGAGGUGCAUGUUGUUGAUAUUUUUGACCCAGGCUGGUUGAUUGGACUUUUGUUUGUAUGAGAUGUUUAUGGCCAGUCCUUAGCAAAUCCAACCCUAAAGUUUCACUACUGGAAAGUAGCAAACAGGGCCGAAGGUUUCACCUGUGAAGCCCAAAACUCUUUCUCACUACUAACUCUCAUUCACUAUGGCUGAAAGAGCUGCAUUCAGUGUGCAGCACAUUCACACACUUAAUAAUAAAAAGGCACGUGACUGAGUGUGUGUGUGCACCCCUACGCCACAGAACUGCCAUUUCCAUCAGCUUCCAGAUAGUCUCCUAUGUCAAGGUAGAUAUUGUUGUUUUUUUCACUUCAUUUUUGUAGGAAGACAUCUUUAAGCAUGUUAAAUGUCAUACAGUGCGAUUUCUUUUCUUUUUUUUUCUAAUUGCAACAUUAGGGAAUUGUCUACUUGUGUAUACAGUAGAAAACUGUUGAAAAAGUUAUGCAUUCACAGAUGCAUUCAGGCAUGUUAAAAAAAUGUUAUCACCUAAGUUAUUUUUUAAAAAAAAUUAUUUUUAACUUAUUUAUUUAUUUUGAGACUAUGUUUCUGUCUAGACUAUGGAUUGCGAGCUGCACUCUGUACUUUUAAAAGAGGUAUUCAACAGUAUUCCAUGUUUUAAACUGUCCUAAGCUCUCAAUGAAGAUGUAUUUGUGUUUACAUGGAGUAUAAAGCUUCAAAUGUUUCCUAAAGAGGAAAUUUAAACAUUCCAGUGUAAGAACUUCUGAUCAUGUCUGACUGGCUUUGUUGGGAAUUUGUCUUUUGGUAUUGAUUAUGUAACCUUUAAUACUGAUUAGAAGUGUCAUGUCUGUACUCAGAGCAAUAGCAGCCCUGUCUCCUCUCAGCUAAACAGCAGAUAUUUGCAACAUGCAACGCUGCUGAAAGAGCUUUGUGUUGUAAGACACGUACGUGGCUACGUGAGAUUACAGUUUGUGUAAAGCUGUUAGGCAGAUUUGCUUAUUGUUCUUUCCAAAGAGAUCCCGAUUAUAAAACAUAGAGCCAAAAAAUACAUAUAUACACCUUGGAAGAGCACUCGCUUGACACAUUUUUUUAGACUUGCACUCACUCAAAGAAAGGCUGGUAGUAAUGAAGCAUAUAGAAGAAAAGCAUUUGGUGUAUAUGCCUACACUGUGCAGUAGCUUUCAAAAAAGGGAAAUGUUUUGGAAGUAAACUGAAAACUCUGAACACUUCCUAAAAAGAGCGAUAUUUUUACUUUUUACUUGUUUUGUUAAUUUAUUUUUGUUGUCGUUUUGCUACAGCUGUAAACUUGCCUACGACUUAGGAAAAUGUAUCGAUCCUGUUCGACUCCCCACCUCGUCCUCCUCUCUCCCUGUCAUUCCUCCUUUGUAAAUAAGGAUUUUCCGCCUGUUGGGUUUUAGUUGUGUGAAUUUGUGCUGUAAUUCUGUAAUGCCAGGUUUGCUAAAAUGAGGAAUCAAUAAACAAAAUCUAAAAACUGGCAA